UACGAUUCAAGAUUCAACUUUAAUAUUUCUCAAGAUUCGAUUUCUUAAUUGAAAAGCUAUUGCACCAGUUUUGACGGGCAAUAAAAUUAGAAACUGCACUCACCUAAAAAUCGCAAGCGCCACUCACAAUGUCACCUCGGAUUACAUCUGCUGCUCAUCUCAAACCAAUUACGAGUAACGCAGUCCAUUAAUUACCGAUGCAGUGAAUGAAGUUGGGAAUUCUGACAGGCAAGGUUGCGCUUAAUUAAAGAUUUUCAAACCGUUAAUCGCGUUCGUUCAUUAUUAUGAUUAGUAAAAUGUAAAUAUUUACCACCGGCGAAGUGUUUGAACUGUAACGAACCGCGAAGGACUAACAACUUUUCCCUGAAUCUAAGUUUCGGGUACUCCUCUACCGACGACGGACGAUAUUUGGAAGAUUAGGGGCACGAUUACGAUCUUACAGAUUUUUUUGGUUCUUCGAGCCGGAUUUUCGAAAAAGAAGAAUUAAAUUGUUUAUGUUAGCUCUUCUAUUCGGAAUUUUUAAUUUUCCACAUGUUUAAAAAUAUUACUUUCGAUCAUAUCGGUUAAAUUCGAGGACACUAAGGAUGUAUCAACAUUAUUUGAUGUUUGAUUUUGUUUAAAUAAUCGUUUUGUUUAUCUGUUUUGGUAAUUGUAAAUUUAAAUUACAUGUUAAAAGACAUCUGGGAAUUAUUUGCGCAGUAUUGGUAACAGAUGGGAAGUUUUCUUAUCGCUGCAAAGCUAAUUAGUUUCAAGAUAAGGGCGUGUUAUCGCCGGUUACAGAACACGGGUGCAGUUUGACGCGAGGAAAUUUUAGUGCCCUCUGCAAUUUUUGGAAAGAGAACCUCGAAAUUGACACCAGGAGCCUGCAUGGUACAAGAGUUCUUAGGGAUGAAGGUGUUGUGAGAGAACCUACCACCGAUGGGUCUGAGGAUUCAAUGACGAUCUUAUAGGACGGAAUCUUUCUUUUUCCUGGAAGGUAUUCCAUACCCUCCAGACCCCCCGGUUUUAGAUUCUACCCCAAUCAUUUUAGUGCUCUUAGCACUUAUACACCGUGAUUUUUGGAAAGAGAUCGUCUAAUGUAACACCGGCAGUCUGUAUGGUAUGCAAAUUCGUCAGAAAAUGAUGAUUCGAUGUUCCUUUCUCAAAAACUAACAGAAGAGGUCUUAGGGAGGUAUGGACGCAAGGCUCCAUCUUUAGGACCUAUAGGUGUGAUUUCAAUUUUUGAAGCAUAAACUUCAAGCUUUAAGCUUCGUCUUCCACUUUUAAGGUUCAAGUAUCAGGGUUGAACUUUUGACUUAGGUUUAUGGCUUAUGUUUCAAAUCCUUCGGGAAUUAGGUACGCUUUAAACUUCGGGUGUGAAUUUUUGAAACUCAAACCUGACACCUUAACCUUUGUGCUUCAUUUCUAAGAGUCAGUUAUCAAGGUUCAACUUGUGCUUCAUUUUUAAGGUUCAAAUGUCAACGUUAAAGUCAAGGCUUAUGCUUCAAAUCUGAUUAAUUACGCAGUGAGUCAUCUUCAGGUCCAGAUGCUAAUUUGGAAAAUCAAACAUCGAUAUUUUUAUACUUUGUGCUUCAUUUCUGAGGUUCAAGUAUUUGCGUUAGCUUCAUGCCUUAUGCUUCAAAUCUUUCCGCAGGCCGCCAUCUUCAGGAAUCAGGAUACCGUUUAAGCUUCAGGUGUCAAUUUUUGAAACUCACACCCCAUUAUAUUCAAACUUUGCAUUCAUUUGGAAGGUUCAGACUUCAAAGUUCAAGUGUUUGCGUGUGUUGCGUCCUGUUGGGUACUCGUCACAAAAGAAUGUUUCGAUGGUCUUUUGUGAAUAACUAUCACAAGAGUUCUUAGGGAUGAAGGUGUUGUAGGAGAACCAACCAUCGGGGGCUCUGGGGGUAUGGAAUGCCCCCCAUAGUAUACGACGAUCUCAUUAUAGUUGUAGGAAAAUGAAAACGGAAUCUUUCUUUUACCUGGGGUGUAUUCCAUACCCUCCAUUUUACUGCCCUUCGGCAUUACACCGUAAUUUUUGGAAAGAGAACAUCGAUUGUAACACCAGGAGCCUCUAGGGUAUGGAAUACUCGUCAGAAAAGGAUGAUUCGAUGAUCCUUUCUGAAAAACUAUCCCAAGAGUUCCUAGGGAUGAAAAUGUCGUGAGAGAACGUACCACCGGGGGGUCUGGGGAAUACCCCCAGUAAACGGCGGUCUUAUAAAGAGGAAUCUUUCUUUUUUCUGAGAGGUUCUGAACCAUUUUCAAGAUUUCCUACUCAUUUCCAGCGUUUGUCAAAACAUUUAUGAUGGGUUUUUAAAAGAUGUUCAAUGUUUCCAAAACAAGGGAUUUUCAAAGUCUAAAGAACGUCCAAAACAUUUCAAAACAUGUUCGGAAACAUUACGGAAACACUUUAUUUUACACCCUUGGUGUAAACGCUUCAAACCGUGUAAACCGUACUUUAGCCGACCUUAACCUGCGAAACAAAACAAAAACAAUAAUGGCGGACGACGCUGACAAACCAUCGUUUAUCAGUCCAGAAAUUAUGGGUAAAAAGUCCGAAAGCGAGACGAAAUCUGUGAAUUCGCACGACGAGGACAAUGAAAGCGUCGAAGAGCAACCCCUGGACAUCGGCGAGCACUACCUGGUGCGAAGAUCCGACGAAUCCUGGUACCCCGCCGAAGUCAUACAGACCCGCUUCAGCGACGCAGAGCAGCAGUACGAGUACUACGUGCACUACGAGGGUUGCAACCGUAGGCUAGACGAAUGGGUGCCACGAGGGCGAAUCAUGUCGGCCCGCUUUCAGCUGACCGAGGGCGCAAAGGGCCAGAAGACCGUCCCGGACAAGGUGUGGAAAGAUCGACCGGUCAUCUCCGACCUCCUCAACGACACAAGCGACCGCAAAAUCACUCGCAAUCAGAAACGGCGACACGACGAGAUCAACCACAUCCAAAAGACGUACGCCGAGAUGGACCCGACGACCGCCGCUCUCGAAAAGGAGCACGAACAGAUCACCAAAGUCAAAUACAUUGACAAGAUACAAAUUGGACGAUUCGAAAUCGACACCUGGUACUUCAGCCCUUACCCGGAGGAGUACGGGCGGCAGAGCAAGCUGUGGAUAUGCGAGUAUUGCUUGAAGUACAUGCGGUUGGAGAAGAGCUACCGAUAUCACAUGAGUGAGUGCACCUGGAGACAGCCGGUCGGCAAGGAGAUCUACCGCAAGGGUACGCUGUCGGUGUACGAGGUCGACGGGAAAGAUCACAAGAUUUACUGCCAGAACUUGUGCUUACUCGCGAAGCUGUUUUUAGAUCACAAAACUUUGUACUUCGACGUCGAGCCGUUCUUAUUCUACAUACUGUGCGAGGUGGACAAGCAGGGGGCGCACAUCGUCGGUUACUUCUCGAAGGAGAAGGAGUCGCCCGAUUUGAAUAACGUCGCGUGCAUUCUCACGUUGCCGCCGUACCAGCGGCAGGGCUACGGCAAGCUGCUGAUCGCGUUCAGCUACGAGCUGUCGCGGCUCGAGGGUAUGGUCGGGAGUCCCGAGCAGCCGCUCAGCGAUUUGGGAAAGUUGAGCUACCGCAGCUACUGGAGUUGGGUACUCCUGGAGAUUCUGCGCGAUUUUCGCGGCACUCUCUCUAUUAAAGAUUUAAGCCAAAUGACGAGUAUAUCACAAACGGACAUAAUCUCAACAUUACAAAGCAUGAACAUGGUGAAGUACUGGAAGGGGCAGCACGUGAUAUGCGUUACGCCGAAGCUCGUCGAGGAGCACAUACGGUCCAGCCAGUAUAAGAUGCCGCGACUGUGCGUCGACAGUGCGGCGCUACGGUGGGCCCCCCGGAAGCACGCGAAUAAUAAACUGAGCAAAAAAUGAUAUUUGCUGAAAAUGUGAUAUUAGGCUUAGUCUAUGUAACUUGUAUUGAAGUAUUACGCUUUUUUUUUACGUUUAACAUUGUAAUUAUAGGAAUUGUACAUAAUUA